AUGGAACCCCCAAAGCUGUUUUGCAUUGCAUUUCGGCUGUGCUCACUGACUUGCUCCUUGUUUGAGGCAGAAGCUUCCCCUCCUUCACGUUUACCUGGCUUUGGAAUGCAAGAAAAAUCAGGAUGGAAACCAUGCUCAAGGGGAAACCAGAUGUCCUGGCUGAGCAACUUCAGGGCUCACCUGGGUAAGCUCAUCAGGAACGCCGCACCUCCAGCAGCCAUGCUGGGGACUCUCUGCUGCCUCAUGUAA